AACAACCCCACCGCACACUUUUUUAGAGUGUAGAUGUCUCUUUUCUUUAAUUAUUUACUCCUUUCUUUUUCAUCAUUUUUUUCUUUCUCUCUUUUCAUUUUCUCGCAUACUUCGUCAUAAUAAAUUCUCUUCGUUUCUCCGCUCUUAAUUACUCUCGUGCGCACUGACUGGGAACUCUCCUGUGUUAGAGGAAGACAACUAUAAACACUCCCAACACGUGGUAAUUAGUUUCUAAAGUGAUUAGUUUCUCUUUCCUUAAUUUAAUUCUUUAAACCCCCAAUGACAUCUUCGACAUUUCUGUAACCGAAUCUAUCACCAACUAUAACCAUUGUGCCUCUUAUACUCCACCAUCCUUUAAACAGGUUCCCGUCUUCAAGACAAACAUGCCGGUCCUCUUAGGUGUCAAAGAUGUUGCUAUACCAAAGACAGUUGUGACAUCUUCUUUCAUCAAUAAAAUCGGUGGAUACCCUGAUCAGUUUACAGAGCCUCUUGCAAUACCAAAAUGUUGUCAGUGUCAGCAGUUGAUGUGUCAGAUUGUCCAGUUAUAUUGUCCCCUCAUGCAGUCAUCUUAUCACCGAACUUUACAUCUAUUCUCCUGCAUCAACACAAGUUGUUGGGGUAAGAGCGAAUGCUGGAAAAUUUUCCGUGAACAGAAUUCGGAAGCAACUACUGCUACUGCUACUAAUGCCUUCAACAACAAUUCAGAAACUGAAAAAAAGAGUAAACUCGUUGAUUGCUGGGGUUGUGACGAUAACACUUGGGACGAUGACAUAGAGAUUGAUGAAUGGUGUGAGCAGUCGAGCAACGGUUUAGCUGAAAGUGAUAUCAGCAAUAUGAUGGAUAACAAAUGUAAACUUGGUGAACAGGAUACAGAGACUGGAAACACAGCGUGUAAGGAAAUGAGCAAAUGCUUUCCACAAACGACCUCAACUUCCCACCAAAACCAUCAACUAAACUACAAAGAUGAACCGUGCCUCAAGCCUUAUUAUUUAAAUGUAUACGAAGAAUCGGAAGAAAGCAGUCACUCUGAGCACAUCCAACAGCUUCUAGAAAACUAUAAAGGAAGAGAGGGAAAAGCUUAUGAGGAAAUGAUCAGUGCUGCUCAGUAUGAGCUGGGUGGGAAACCAGUCACAUUAACAAAGAAUGCUCCUGAUCCAGGCUGCUGUAGUUAUUGUGGAGCAGACCGACAGUUUGAAUUCCAGUUAAUGCCAGCUCUCGUCAAAGACCUCAAUUUUCUUGGUAGCAAUGAUUGUGCUGUAGAGUUUGGAACCAUUAUUUGCUACAGUUGUUCACUGAGUUGUUGGGAUGACCAGAAGGACAAAUGGAGAGAAGAAGAAUGUUUUGUACAAGAUGAACAAUCUAUGUAACACAAAAAAAUACUAUAAAGUUUUGAAUGGUACAACAAUGGGCUAUAUAUACCUGUCGUAAUUUAUUCAUCCAUAGGCUGGUAAUAUUUUGGAAUAAAAUUCCUUCAGAUAUUCUUAGAUAGAGCCACUGCUUGGAAAACGGAUUAUAGCAGCAACUCCAUCUAAGAAUAUCUGAAGAAGGAAUUUUAUUCUGAAAUAUUUUCAUACUAUGGAUAACUAAAUUACAACAGGUAUAUAGUCCAUUUUUUGUAUUAUAGUGCACUGUUGUAUCAUUCAAAGCUUUUUAUUCUUUACAAACAAUAUACAAUGCUUCAAGCGAACUACAACACUCUCCUACAAAAAAUACUUUACAAAUUUUUCUUAAAUAUAAAUUAUGUGUCAAAGCCAAACUGCAUUGAGUGCAGCACUGGCCUGAAGAUUAAAAUUAUUCUAGGAAACUGU